AAUAAAAACACUUGACUUUACAAACAGUUUUACAAUCAGUUAAACACUUAUAACACGUUAUAACUAAUAAUAUAUCAGUGCUUUAAAAAAAGUGGUCACCAAUUAGUACCGCAGGACCCGAUUAUUGGACAACCGCACAAUUACCCGACACCCAACUCGUCCAACCCGUCUAUUACGGACAACAAUAUGACAUUAAAUUGUUUUUUAUGAGAUAAACACUUAACGCGUUAUAACUAAUAAUAUAUCAGUGCUUUAAAAAAAAAGUGGUCACCAAUUACUACCGCAGGACCCGAUUAUUGGACAACCGCACAAUUACCCGACACCACCCUAGACGGUAACAACAACAAUGAUUCCGGUCAUUUGGGCAGCGGCUCGGGCCUACACACCGUAUCUGGUAUUUCCGUUUGCAGUGGUCAUCGGUGCCGUCGGCUACAAACUCGAGUGGACGUUCAGCGAUGUUAGGACACAAGGUUCAAAACAAAAGGACAGUAUCGAUAAGGAACGAUCCGAACGGCAAUUGAGGCGAUUGUUUGACGACCCGACGGCUGACGCGACCGAAGUCGAGAGUCUGAAACGGCAAACAUUUGUACCGAAAAAUAUUUUUGAACGAAACGUUUCGCCGUCGCUGCAGAUGAAGACCACUACCACUGUCUCGGCCGCCGCCGCCGCCGAUGACCGCUAAUAGUCGGCGGCACUAAAAACCUCGGAAAAAAGUGGUCAUAUUUUGCGGACAAUUAAAUCGGUUGUUAUGUUUAGUAGUA